AUGAAGUCAUUGUUCCUAUCUACAUUGGCAGGCCUCGUCUUCGCAGCGGGAGCGUCCGCGAUGCCUGCCGCCUCGUCGAUUGACCAGCACGCCUCAGAUCUAUUGAACGGUGACUGUGACCGAGAGUGCAUGGCAACUAUUGUGGAUCAGAUUCUGGCUUCCAUGGUAGUGCACAACCCGUACAACUUGCCGAUGGCUGCAGUACAUCAGGCUACAGAAAACUCGCACCCCGCAGCGCUCGGGUUGAUGACCGCCUGGCGAACUGUCACAGAAGCAGGGCCAUCCAGUUUGCUCGCAAUCGAUACCACACAGGGGUCGGCCGAAGGCAGUGACACGGAAAGGUCCAUCAUCAGGGGCCGAGUCAAGGUAGUCAACCAGGAGAUCACCGAAAAUUAUGAGGUUUUGAUGUCACCGCCAGAUAAUCGGACAACGGCGAGUCGGGAAACAUUGACAGCUCUGAGUGAGGCAUUGUUUGCCACUUCAAGUAAUUUGUCCGUGACGGUCGACGCCAACUGCCAGUUUACCGAAGUUGGCUGGAAGGUCAUCGAUACGGGAACAUACAACAAUGAAACAACCACCCCGCUCAUCAUUGAUGAGGAGUUGGGCUCUGUUAUAACUAGCGGCAUGAUCCCGGGUAAGGUCUACCCUUACCAAAACGUCUCGGCCUUCAUCCCGGACGCCAUGGCUUGUUUGCAGGAGGCCCAAAAUGUGAGGUUGAACGAGGUGAAAGCACGGGGUAUCAAAGGGCUUCUGGCUCCCACUGAGGCAACAGGGGAGACUCUUGAGGUGCUACAGUACUACAACGAUGCGCUCCAAGCCAUGCAGAUUAAUGUGUACAUGAGUAGUUCAAAUAUGACAUCGGCCUGGCUAUAG